AUGAUUGACAAUGAGCAAUAUAUUCUUGUUCUCUUAAAAGAAAAACUAGAAAAUCCAUACAAUAGACAACUCGCUGUAAAAUUUACGCAAGAAGGCGUAAAUUAUUUUCUGGAAAUAAAUAAAGAAAAUAAGCAUCAACACUUUCUAUGUUGUCCGAAAUAUAUUAAAAUCGUAGUUGAAUUAUUUCCUGCUUUAGUCGUUGAAGAAGAGAAUUUCAUCGUAUUUCGAAAUAUUUUGAAAAAUCAUCUUUUGAUAUGUUUUGAUUGUGUCGAAGCUUUUCAUAUUAAUGCUAAAAAAUUGUAUCAACGUCAUAAAUCAAUAUACAUAACGGAUUUUGAAAAUAACAAUAUAGAUACAUUCUUUGAAAAUCUUGGAAAAUGGCAAAUAAAUCGAAUCAUAGCGGCAUUAAACAAUAUCGAAGAAAAAAUUAAGACUGAUGAUUCUAACGAAAUAAAUUUGCCCGUGUUUUUUGAGUUACUUUUGAACUUCAAAUGCCUGCAGAAUAACAAAAUUAAUGAGCUCCUUAUCAUUGUUUUGUCAACUUUAAAACAACAAGGAAAGUUUGUUAAAUUGACGAGUAGAUGCAUGCCCGGAUUAUUAUUAUGUGCUUUACAUGAGAAUCAAGAGGUUAGAAAAUGGGCUUGGAUAUCAUUUCAAACCAUUAAUCAUGAGAUAGGAGCUAAAGAAUUCGAGGAAUUUGAGUUUGAUAUUAUCAUAGACAAUAUUUUAAAGAAACUUGUGAGAUUUGAUGAAAAGCAAGACUUUAAAUAUCCUUUUACUAAAGAUAUUGUAGAAUUCUGGAAGGGAUUUAGAAGAAUCCUUUCCCGUUUAGAAAAUAAAAUUUUAUGUAGUCAAUAUUCUAUCAAGCCAAUUAUAUAUACUUAUUGGAAAAAAUGUAAUCGUAAUCAAGAAUCCUUAUUGGCCGAAUUAUUAAAAGCUCUAAAUAUGCUUUUAGAGAAAUUAAAAGAAGAUUUCUGGACAAACUGUGAACAGUGGAAGGUUAAAAUUCUUGACAUAUUCGAAUCAUCUAGUUUCCAGUAUCUCACGAGGGUUCAUUCAAAAAAAAUGUUUUUGUUAACUUGGAUUAAGUCUUACAUGAUUUCAGCUUUUUCUUCUAACAAUUUUAUAAAUAUAUUAGAAAAGGUGUUGGAUAUUCUCGUGAAAGAAUCUCAAAAAUCGGAUUGUGAUAAUGGGUAUAGAAUCCUUUGUUACGAUACGAUUUUGGAGAUAAUUAUUCAAACUUUAUCAAUAAAUAAUAAUUACAUAUAUUAUCAAUUUUACCUUGAUUACUCUUCAAAAAGCUCAAAGUUUAAAACAAUCUUUGAUAAUAUUAUGAGAAAUUUUUCACAUGAGGAUAUUAAAAGGAAUAUGCAGAGUUUGGGAAUGUCCGAAAUGAAAUCAGAAUUACUUAAUAAACUCAAGGAAGAUCAGAAGAAAAGGUCCGCGAAAUAUUUAAAAAGACAAGUACGCGUAAUUGAAGCUCCCUCAAAUAAAGAAAAAAAUCAAUGGAUGGUACGUUUUCAAAAACAGAAAGAUGAUGAAGCGCGUUUGAUGCCAAAUGUGAGCCUUUUCUACAAGAAGAUAUUAUCUUUAAAUUAUACCGCAAGUAGCGAAUUACCGCCAAAGUCUUGCUUAAGUAAUUAUAAAUCGAUUCCAAAUACAUUUUUAUCAGUCGAACAUUAUGUGCAAAUUUUUGAGCCGUUUCUUAUUUUGGAAUGUUGGCAGAAUUUGGUAAAUUCAAAAGAAAAAGCGAAUAAUGAAGAUCAGAUGGACAUUUUUAUAGAAAACGUUUGUAUGAUCGAUGAUUUUAUUGAGGUUUCGUUCAAUUGUGAACAGCACAAUAGGGGUCACUUUCUGGAAAGUGAUCUGUUUCAUAUUCAGUACGAAGCUUCAGAGCAAGAAUCUUUACAAUAUAAUAUUCAAAAUUUGGUUAUAGUUAAAAAUAAUAAAUUAUUACUUUACUUGAAUGAUUUUUCUCAUGAUGUUCGACGUUUUUUAUUUCGAGACAGUAAAUGGAAGGCAUAUCGAAUUAUGAGUUUAACGUCAGUAACACGAGAAUAUGCAGCUUUAAUUUCCAUGUCGAAAUUUUCACUAAAGAAUCAAAUUAUUAACCCAAAAAUUCCUAUUACAACAUCAUCAUCGUCUACUCAAAGACUCGAACAUUACAAAAAGAAUUUUCAUGUUAAUUAUUUACAGGCAGAAAUUAUUGGGAAAAUUCUAGACAACGAUUGUGGUUUUUCAUUAGUUAAAGGUCCACCAGGAACCGGAAAAUCGGAAAUGGUCGUUGGUUUAAUUUCCGCUUUAAGAGAACAUUCAGAUGUUCAAGGAACGUGUCUCAUUUGUGCGCCUAGUAAUAUAAUUGUUAGUAUACUGGUUAAGAAAUUAAAGGCUGGAAUAUUUGAUUCAGCAGGAAAUCUUGUUAGAGUUAAUAUUGUAUAUUUGGGACUUUUAGGUUCUAUCACAAAUGAUAUGAGAGAUGUGUCCUUAGAUUUUUUAGCCGAAAAAAUGAUGUUGGAAGUAAGAGGAGGUUACGUAAAAGAUUUUUCUUAUUAUAAAAGAAAAGUAUUGGAAGGAGCACAUAUAAUAUGCUCCACAUUGAUUGAAAGUGGUCAUGAAAUAUUGUCAACUUUAAAUAUUAAUUUCAGCACGCUCAUAAUUGAUAAUGUGACUCAGGCAACCGAGCUAAGUUCGCUAAUACCUUUAAAAUAUAAUCCAAAGCGUGUUGUAUUAAUUGGAGAUCCAAAUCAGUCGUCACCAACAGUCUUAUCAAAAAUAGCAAAGCAAUUUUCUUAUGAUCAAAGUUUAUUUACUCGCAUACAAAAAAAUUGUCCAUCAUCAAUUAAUACACUAAAAAUUCAAUAUAGAAUGCAUAAAGAAAUAAGCAAAUUUCCCAAUCAAUUUUUCUACGAUUCACUUAUUAAAAAUGCCGAUUAUUUAUUACAAAAGCGAAAUCGACCAUGGUAUCGAAAUCAAUUCUUUUCGCCUUACAGAUUUUUUAAUGUCGAGAGAAUAAGGAAUGAAAAAAAUAACUCCGAAGCAAAAAUUAUUUCUCAAGCAUGUAAGAGAUUAAUUAAGGAUUUUUCUCAAGUAAAUUUUGAAGGUCGAAUUGGUAUUAUCAUUCCGGAUAAAGGUCAAAAAGUUGAUUUUAUAAAAGAACUUACGAAUGAUACAUUUAUUGAAUUCGAAAUCGAUACACUGGAUGCAUUUCAAGGUCAAGAGAAAGAUAUCAUAAUAUUAUCAUGUUUUUGCGCUAUCGAAGAGAAAAUUUCUGAAUUUUUGAGAGAUUCAAAAAGUUUGAAUGUCGCUCUUACUCGUGCAAAAAGUUCUUUAUGGAUUUUUGGUUCAGCGAAAAUUCUUGUGCAAAACGAUGUCUGGAAAGCAGUAAUUGAAGAUGCUAAGGAUCGUGGAUGUUAUACAGAGGCAUUCAAUAAUAUGUUUUCUGGGGUGGAUAGUAUAGCUGAAGAUGACUCACUUAUGUUAGAAGAGAAUAUAGAAAAUGAUAAUGGACCAAAUAACCGAUCUAUAUCGUUACAAUCGGGACUUCUAGUUCAAUUUAACGAUCCGAUUCCACCAGAAGAAUUUCCUUCACUUUCGCAUUUUCGUUCACCUCAUGUAUAUUAUGAACGAAGGUCAGUCCAUCAAAGGAGAAGUUUUUCCGGAAAUCAUCAUCGAAGAUAUUCUCCAAUUAAAGUUGAUAUUCGCGAACGUCUUUCGUUUAGUGGACAUCGAUAUCAUGAUAAAAGAAGCGAAUGUGACCCAAGUGAUGAAUGUUAUUCGUUAGGACUAUCACAAUCAUCAAUAAGGGGGGAUUAUGAUAAUGAUGAAAGAAAUUUGAGAUUACAAAUAAGUGAAACUAAUAUAAAUAAUGAUUAUAGCGAAGAUUAUGAACAUUAUGAUGAUGAAAUGGUUAUUGAACGUUCAUCAUCACCCGAAGAGGACUCUAAACACAGAAAAUUUAAAAACGAGAAAAAGACUCAAGUUUACCACGAUUAUGAUAAAGAUCGUAGUCCUCAAAUUCAUUUAGAAUAUUGUGAUGGUCAAAAAAAAUUAUUAUUGGAAAAGAAACGGUAUACCGUUAGAUGA